GCUUUUUUCUUGUCGCCUGCAUUUGGGUAGUAUCUUCCUCCACCUGCUUAGAAAUCUGUUGAGACCUCCUUUUGCCCGGUAGGUUUUCGCUCUUUAGUUCCUUCCUUGCCAUAUCUCCAAGCGAUUUGCAUUGCUUUCUGAAUUUGGGUUUUCAAAGUUCCAGUUUGCCUGUAAAAGAGCCCUUCUUCCUUUGUUGAUUUGCACGAGCUGCUUCACUCUUUAAUAGGUACAUUUUAUAAUCCUUUUGGGUGCUAAAUCAGUUGCUCCAUUAACUGAAAGCUUAAAAAGGGAUUUUGCUGGCAAUGUUGCUGUUCUAUCGAGAAGAAAAUUGUUUCCAUUUCUAUGUUGAUUAAUUAUACUGCUUUUCCUUGGAAGCAAUUUCUAUUCUGUUUCCUGCAUGGAGGGAGCACUUUGAAUCACAUCAGACUAUUGCUUCCUUCUUUUUUUGUAAUCAUGGCUGAUCAUGAUCAUGCUUUAGUGGUAGCUGAUACUUCUCAUUCCCUUGUAGAACAUACAUUAGCAGAUACUUCUCGUGCCCUUGUAGAACAGACAUUAGUUAUCGGGCAGGAAUUUCCUGAUGUUGAAACUUGCAGAAGAACCUUGAAAGAUAUCGCUAUAGCAUUGCAUUUUGAUCUUCGGAUAGUGAAAUCUGAUCGCAGCCGAUUUAUAGCCAAGUGCUCCAAAGAAGGUUGUCCUUGGCGUGUCCAUGUUGCAAAGUGUCCUGGAGUUCCAACUUUCUCAAUUAGAACUCUGCAUGGGGAGCAUACAUGUGAAGGGGUUCGCAACCUCCAUCAUCAGCAAGCAUCGGUGGGUUGGGUUGCAAGAUCAGUAGAAGCACGCGUUCGGGAUAAUCCACAGUACAAACCAAAAGAAAUUCUGCAAGAUAUCCGUGAUCAGCAUGGAGUUGCUGUUUCUUAUAUGCAAGCUUGGCGUGGAAAGGAGCGAAGUAUGGCAGCACUUCAUGGGACUUUUGAAGAAGGGUAUCGCCUUCUUCCUGCAUACUGUGAGCAAAUAAGGAAAACCAACCCUGGAAGUGUUGCAUCAGUUUUUGCUACUGGACAAGAAAAUUGUUUCCAGCGCCUGUUUAUUUCUUACCGUGCAUCUAUCUAUGGGUUUAUAAAUGCUUGUAGACCACUUUUGGAACUUGAUAAGGCAGAUCUGAAAGGAAAAUACUUGGGUACAUUACUUUGUGCUGCAGCUGUUGAUGCUGACGAUGCAUUGUUUCCCUUGGCAAUAGCUAUUGUUGAUCUGGAAAGUGAUGAAAAUUGGAUGUGGUUCAUGUCAGAGUUGAGGAAGCUUCUUGGUGUAAACACUGAAAACAUGCCUAGACUUACAAUACUAUCUGAAAGACGGCAAAGCAUUGUAGAUGCUGUAGAAACCCAUUUUCCAAGUGCUUUUCAUGGUUUUUGUCUACGUUAUGUCAGUGAAAAUUUCCGUGAUACAUUUAAGAACACAAAGUUGGUGAAUAUCUUCUGGAAUGCUGUUUAUGCUCUCACUACUGUUGAAUUUGAGAGCAAAAUUUCUGAGAUGGUAGAGAUCUCACAGGAUGUUAUACAAUGGUUUCAACACUUCCCUCCCCAGCUUUGGGCAGUAGCAUAUUUUGAAGGAGUGCGAUAUGGCCACUUUUCACUAGGUGUGACGGAGUUGUUGUAUAAUUGGGCCCUUGAAUGUCAUGAGCUGCCUGUUGUGCAAAUGAUGGAACAUAUUCGCCAUCAACUAACCUCUUGGUUUAACAAUCGUCGUGAAAUGGGAAUGAGGUGGACCUCGAGUCUUGUGCCAUCUGCUGAGAAGCGGAUUUUAGAGGCAAUUGCAGAUGCUCGUUGCUAUCAAGUACUUAGAGCAAAUGAAAUUGAGUUUGAGAUUGUCUCAACCGAGAGGACGAAUAUUGUGGAUAUUAGAAGUCGUGUGUGUUCCUGUCGCCGUUGGCAGCUGUAUGGUUUACCUUGUGCACAUGCUGCAGCAGCACUUAUUUCUUGUGGGCAGAAUGCUCAUCUGUUUGCUGAACCUUGUUUCACAGUGGCAAGCUACCGUGAGACAUAUUCCCAGAUGAUAAAUCCUAUUCCAGAUAAGAGCACUUGGAAGGAGCAAGGUGAGGGAGCUGAGGGUGGAGCUGCCAAGCUUGAUAUCACAAUACGCCCUCCCAAGUAUCGCCGGCCACCUGGCAGACCCAAAAAGAAAGUUCUUCGUGUAGAGAAUUUGAAGCGCCCAAAGAGAGUUGUUCAAUGUGGUAGAUGCCAUUUAUUAGGACAUUCUCAAAAGAAAUGCACAAUGCCAAUUUGACUCCUAUUUAGCUUCUUUUUCUGUUUUGUUUUUUCCCUCCCUUUUACCCUUUAAUAUUUUCUUCUGAAAUCCUAAUAGAAUCUGAGUCAUGUUUGUAAUCUUAUUGUAUGUUUUUAACAUUCUAGUUUCAGAAUAAGCAUUCACUACUUUUGCUUCAACUUGUCCAUCUUCUGCUCAUUGCUGCAGCUUGUUCGUGUUUUCGAUCCA